CCCUUUAAACGGAAGUGACAUAAAAGUAAUAAAAACAUUUUGUUUAAUAAAUUUAAAAUAACCAAAAGAGCAAUUUCAAAUAAACGUGUUAAAUUUAUUAAAUUAUUAUCCAAUUUGUGCGCGAGUUUGUUUGUGUGUGAUUGUUAUUAUUUCUUAAUAAUUAAAUGAAUAAAUAAACAAAAAAUAUAAAAAUAAACACACAACAUGUUUUCAUGCUGCUUCAAACGCCAAAACACAGAUGAUGAUGAAUAUCAUCAGCGACCUAAAACUCGCAAUAGUUCUGCCAAUAAUUCCCAGAAAACCUCAUACACAGCUGUUCCUCUACCAAACACAACAACAACAAAUGAAACCAAUGAAUCUGCCAAAAGUGUGGAGCAGUUGCGAAAAGAAUGUUUGGAAGCUCAUAAUAGAUACAGAGCCAAACAUGGUGCCGGUCCAUUGACCUUGAGCAAACAAUUGAAUGCGUACGCAACCGAAUGGGCUAAACAACUGGCCGACAGCAACACUUUGCAACAUCGCAAAAACAAUAAAUAUGGAGAAAAUCUUUAUCUGGGAACUGGCAUGGGACCACAAACACACGAGCUGGCGGUACAGGCAUGGUAUGAUGAAAUCAAAGACUAUAAUUUCAAUAAACCGGGAUUUUCCUCAAAUACCGGGCACUUUACUCAAGUAGUAUGGAAGACGAGUAAAGAAUUGGGUGUGGGCAUAGUAAAUAGAGCCAAUCGCACCUGGGUGGUGUGUAAUUAUGAUCCUCCCGGCAAUGUUAUGGGUACUUAUAUGGAAUGUGUGCCUCCUUUAGUGGAGCAAACUGUUUCCAAAAUUAUAGACAAAAUGAAGGGUAAAAAAAAUGUAUUCAAAAAGCCAGAAGUAACAACCCCAGAUAAAAAGGAGCCAGCUGCAAAGUCUCCAAUACACAGUGCUAGUGAUUUGAAGUUAUGGUCUAAAUAUGAGCUGGAAUGUUUGGAUAGCCAUAAUAAAUAUAGAGCCAUACAUGGUAGUCCUGCCAUGAAACUUAAUAGGAAAUUGUGUAAUUUAGCACAGGACUGGUCAAAUCACUUGGCCAAAAAACGUUCCAUGUCACAUCGUCCACAAAAUGAAUAUGGUGAGAAUAUUUAUUACGCUCUAAACAUGGAACCAACAGCAGAACAUUGUGUUAAAAGUUGGUAUGAUGAGAUUAAAAAUUAUAAUUUCUCAAAGCCAGGUUUUAGCUCUAAAACUGGUCACUUUACACAAGUCGUUUGGAGAGAUUCCAUAGAAGUGGGAGUAGGCAUAACCAAACUCAACAACAUGACAUUUGUGGUUUGUAAUUAUUCUCCAGCUGGCAAUGUUAUGAAUCAAUAUAAAGAUCAGGUGCCACGGCCAGGUGCCAAACCUAUUACCACCAGCACCACUAAAAGCAAUAACUCAAAUGCAGCACCAAGUGGUAGCUUGAAUAGUCAAGCUAAAAUAACCAAAGAUCAGCCGACGUUUGAAGAAGUUUGUUUGGACAGUCAUAAUAGCUAUCGUGCCAUACAUGGAUCUCCGGCCAUGACUGUAAAUAAAAAUUUAAGUUUCUUUGCCAACGAUUGGGCACAAGUACGUACAACGAAAAUAAGUUACAGCACACGAACAACAAACACAAUAAUUAAUUAAAUUAUUUUUCAUACAUACAUAUAUUCAUUAUUUUUAUACAAACAUUUAUUAAUAUUUAAUAAAACGACAAUAUAAACAAACAA